GAGCUGCGCGUCAAAACAUUGCGUCUCCUGCAGAAGUCGCUGGGCCGAGGAGAAGCGCAGGGGACUCGCGGCUGGAGGCAUUGGUCGCCACUGACACGAGGAAGGAGCUGCCACAUUUCCUGGCUACGUGGAGAUCCGCAGUUUUUUCUCCCCUCCAAAGGUGUUCGCCUCCCGACCCACCGCCCACCACGGCCCUCACCUGUGUGUUGCGGUGCUUCCCUUGUGAGCCGACCUGGGCUGGCAGUCCGUUCUUGCACCGCCCGCCAACCCCGCCCAUGGUCAGAAUGACGCGCUCCAAGACCUUCCAGGCGUACCUGCCAAGCUGCCACCGGACCUACAGCUGCAUCCACUGCCGAGCUCACCUGGCCAACCACGACGAGCUCAUAUCCAAGUCAUUCCAGGGCAGCCAGGGCAGAGCCUACCUGUUUAACUCAGUGGUGAACGUCGGGUGCGGCCCUGCAGAGGAGAGAGUGUUGCUCACAGGCCUGCACGCUGUAGCAGAUAUCUACUGUGAGAACUGCAAGACGACCCUGGGCUGGAAAUACGAACAUGCUUUUGAGAGCAGUCAGAAGUACAAAGAGGGCAAGUUCAUCAUUGAGCUGGCCCACAUGAUCAAGGACAACGGCUGGGACUGAGGGACAAGCACCCGGGACAUGACUGACCGCGACAGUGGAGGGGGGGUACAAAUGGAUAGAGGCGGGGGAACCGGGGGGGGACGUGUGUGGUGGGUGAGUGUGUGACUUUGGUUUGGCUGAUUUACCAUUAACCUUUGUAACUCUCUGCCAAUCCCUCCCUACCAUGGCUCUUGAUGCACACACACACACAUGCAUGCACGCACACACACACACAUACACACACACACGAUCAAGAUCCCAAACAUCCCAGCUCGACACACUAGGCAGGCUUGUAUGCAGCUAGCAGGACUAGGUGACAGGCCAGCAAUAGUGAUGUGCUUUUUCACAUUUUUUUGUUUGUUUUCUGAAACAUGAUUCGAUAACACUUAAAAAGGUGAAAACACUCCUUUCAUAGCUUCGAGGAAAUAUUGACAUUGUCUGAAGCGCUCCAUCUUGUCUAACAAUGACGUUAAAGCCAGUUGUUGACAGGUGAUUCAGUGGAAACUUUCCCGGAAGGAGGGCAGUCGGCACGUCACGGCACGGCGUGGGUUUAUUGGCCUGAAGCGCUGACGGACAUUCGCUCUGUCCGCAGCAUGAAUGAGACGAGCUCAAAUCCAGCUGAUCGGGGCCGUGCCAGCUGGGCCAGUGAUGAGGCCUGGUGCUGAGGCCUGGCACAGAGGCCUGAGCACAUGGACGUGGGGAGGGGGGGGGGGGGGCUCACUCAGCUCAGUAUGGUCCUGAUCCCGUUAUGCAGAGGCUUUAUGGCAUUCUGGCCGGGAUCCACUCCGCGUCUUGCUAGUGAUGCAGUUGACGACGAGCAGAGUGAGCCCACGGCUCGUCCUAAAAACCUCGCAGGAAUUUGCUCUUGCAGCAGCAGCAGCAGAGCAGCUCCCCCUGGGGUUUAUUCUUCGUUCUAUUCGUACCGUCAUGUUAAGUGAUCUCGUCAUCCCUCCUUUGUAUGUCUGGAGCCGGCGGAAUCGCUGCGUCCACCUUUGUUUCUUUGUCACAUAUAAUUAUACAACUUGGCUCAGGUGAGCGACUUUCGCUGGGAUUCCCAAAGGUUUCUGUUGUGGGUCAACGACCAUUGAUGACGAGACUCCAUCAGCUAGUGGGGGGGGGGGGGGGACCCGCCAGUGAUCAUUCAGACACAAACACAACCCCUGUUAUCAGAGAAAAAACAGACUUACUCAGUUUGAUUUGAAAACAUAAAUGGCAAAAGCAUGACUGGUUUCAUGGGCUUAGGGAAAAUGAAAAUAGUAAAAAAACAUGAACUCAAAUAGUAAGUAAUGAUUUUUACUGAAGUAACGAGGUAUAGACAUGACCACAGAGGUGUGCAUUAAGGAUGCAUAUGUAUAAACAGGUAAUACCCAUCACUCUUAGGCUCUAUUUCAGUCUGGGCUGGCGGCAGUUUAACUGCUGUUACACCGACCUUCACUAACAUAACAAACCAACUUGGCAACAUUGUGAAGCAAUGCACUAGAUAGAUAUAUUUUAUAAUUUGUUUUUACCAACACAUUUUCUUUUUCGGUUUUGCCUCAGCUUUAAAUCUUUUCUCACAUUUUUCGACCUCAGCUGACUCACUUAAUAGUUCUCAUGCAUCAUGGACCUUGGAGUUAUGAUACCUGGGUAAUAUUUGUGGCAACAUUCAUGGAAAUGUAUUUUUUCAGAUAAGAUUCAAAACUACAGAUUUGAACUGCACUGAGAAACCUUGUGCUAUAAUUCAACAUCUAAUGAGAUAGAUCACCGUUCAGUUGAGUUGUAAGAAAAGCAUUAGAGAUUGUAAAAACAAACUGAGUUGCCCUGUCACGUAGUUUCCUGUUAUUGUGAAAAAAUGCUCUAGAAGUUGCCCUGUUUAUGGUGUUACCCUGUUAACUCAAAGUAAACAGUUAACCCUCCUCAGUAAUACUCAGCAGCUGCCCGCUCAGUCGGAGGCUACGACAUGAAACCCAGCACAACCAAAGAAGCCACCCAUCAACAAUAAGUUGACCAAACAAGAUUCAUCCUGUCUGGGCAAAGUCUUGCAGAACAAGGGGGUGUGUGUAAAGCUGAAAGCCAAGGUUGUGGAUAGCCUUUCUCUGUGAUAUAUGUAAUGCAUUAUGAUUUUGUAAACAAAAAGAUCUUAAUAUAUGAAUAUAUUCUAUUUACUGUAUUCACCACGAGGAUUACCAUUAAUGUCGACCUCUGUGCUACAGACUGUAAAUAGUGUUAAUGUAUUGUGUUUUAUCUAUGAUCCAUAUGAUAAUGAAUGAAUAUGAUUUAGGACAUGUCAUGCUUUCUCUCUGGUACCCCACAUUGGCUGUACGAUACUACUUUUAUACUGAAAAUGUUUCAAUUUUAAUGUCUUUUGUAAAGGAGGAUGCUGAUGUUGACUAUAUAUCAUUGGAUCUUCAUCUAAUAAAAAGCACCUGGAUAUCUGUA